AUCCAUAACAUGUUUUAAUUCUAAAGCUUUUAAUAAAUAAUCCCAAGCAUCAUCCCUUUGAGAUCUUGCCUUUAAAAUAGCACCUACAGUUUUAAUUUUAGAUUUAGCUAAAGAUUGAGGAAUACUAUCAACAUAUUGAGGUUUAAUAAUAGCUCUCAUAUCAUCUUCUAAAACUUUAGUAAAAUAAUUUUGUAAUUCAGAACCUCUAAAAUGUCUAAUAAUUUCUUGCCAAUCAGGAGGAUUAUCAUAUCUACCUAAAUUUGGUUUUUGUCUACCAGCUAAAAUUUUUAAAGCAGUUGAUUUACCAAUACCAUUUGUACCAACUAAACCUAAAACUUGUCCAGGUCUUGGAGUUGGUAAUCUAUGUAAUUUAAAUGAAUUAGCAGAAUAUCUAUGAGUUGUUUCUGAUUCUAAAUUAGUUGGUAAAUUAAUAAUUUGAAUGGCAUCAAAUGGACAUUUUUUAACACAAAUACCACAACCAAUACAUAAAGUUUCUGAAAUAAAUGCAAUCUUUGAUGCUGGUGUAACUUCAAUACAUAAUUUCCCAGUUUUAACUACUGGACAUCCUUUACGACAUUCUUGUCUACACUUCUUAGGCUUACACCUAUCGGUGUUGACAAUGGCAAUUCUUGUUCCUUUGUCUGAACUCAUCUUGUCUUGUCUAUUAUUGUCUUACUAAGGUAGUAGUACUAUAUAUAACUUAAGAGAUAGAUGAUGAUUUAUG